AUCAUUUUAGACACUCGUGUGAAGACUGACGGUCAGAGGUGCAGGAACUAAAAUUCAAAGUCAUAUUCAAAAAAUUUUCCAACUACAAUGGCAGCAGUAAAGAAAGAAUCCAAGAAAGAAGAGGAAACUAUCAUGUACACUCAACUUCAACCGUGGAGUUCGGUCGGAGCGCUGCCCUGUAUGGAGCAAAUCUCGGGACCACCGAUUCCUCUUCGAACUGGAGAAUAUUACAGAAUGCCAAGACCACAUCCAUGGCGUCCUACUCUAGGCUAUGAAAAUAUCGAAGUCAUUCCAUUACCCGCUCAACCAGUGACAAAUCAACUGGUAGAUCCAUGUUACACUCCGAAUGGCAUGGCCACCGAGCCACUAAAAUUUCCAAACUUGGUAACUGGCUUCGAACGAAAUCCUGCACAUGCUGCACGUACAGCGUUGUAUACCAGAUAUACACCCUACGAAUGGCUCCAAAAUCAAAUCAGAAUUUACAACGAAGCUGACGCAAACAGACAUUUUUCUGAAAAACUUAGCAGUGAUACUGUGCAACUAAUGCGACUGGUCGAUGACAAGGUUCAAGGAGGUCAAAGGGACACCGGUCGUAAAAUCGGGGAAAGAAUAACUGAUAUAACAUUUUGGCGCAAUGAAGUCGCUUCGGAGUUGGAACGUUCGAUAAUAGAAAAUGAUAGAAUGCAGGAGUGUCGCAGGGUGUUGCAAAAGGCUAUUCAAGAUUUAGAUGGACAACUGCAUAUCGCUCAAGAAUGCCUUUAUCACAGGGAAUCUCGAAGGGGGACGGAGCUGGUUCACGAUGGAACUGAACAAGCAUUGUUGAAAGAAGUUGAAACAGUGAGAAAUGGUCAGAAAAAGCUGGAACAAUUCACGGAUAAAUGCAUAGAGCAGCUGAGAAAUGGUAGAGCGUCGCAAAAUCAAUUGGAAAUGGAUAUAAAGAACAAGGAAACAGCCCUUGGGAUAGACACGAUGUGCCAUCAGUUAAAUAAUUUCAGUAGAGGUUUGCAAUACUACGGUGGAAUUGAAAGAUAUGACCCAUGCAUUACAUUCGCUGAAUCCUGGGCGGAAGCGUCAAAUAGCACGGUAAAAAAGUCACAGGCAGAGAGGACAAGAUCUUGCCAACUCAGAAGCGAAAUAGAGAUAAUGAUUAACGGAGUAGCUCAAAAAAUGUGGGAUGCUUGGAGCAAUACAAAUAAUGCAUUGGCGCGCAGAUCUGCUGAGAUGUUGGAAGCCAAGGGCAAGUUACAAAAUCAUCUGCACAUGAUUCAGAGGGACAUAUUUGCUAUUGAAAAGAACCUUGAACUAAUGGGUAAAGCUAUUGCUGAUAAAAGUGCGGCAUUAAAAGUGGCGCACACUCGUCUCGAAGCAAGAACUCACCGACCUGAACUUGAACUGUGUCGUGAUUACGCACAACUGAGCCUGGUGAGUGAGGUCGAGGCGAUAAAUGGAAUGAUUGGCGGUAUGCACAUGAAAAUGCAGCAGAGCGAAGCUCAGCAUCAACAAUUAUUGAGGAUAAGAGCCAGCUUAGAAACUGAUCUCAAAGCAAAGGUCGAUGCCUUAUUUGUUGACAGAGAAAAAUGCAUGGGAAUGAGACGCAGUUAUCCGAUAACUGCAACCGUUAAAUACUAGGGCCACGA